AUGUCUCGUCUUGACCAUCAACUUGAUUUGGCUCGUCUAGACCUUUGGCUUAGGUCCAAUUGUUUCGACCAUCGAGCUAACAAUGAGAAUGAAUUUCAAUUGGAGCUUAUUUGCACCUUCCUUCUCACCUCAAAAGUAGGUUUGCUCUAUAACUUGCUGAUAUUGAAGUUGAAUUAUUGUUCAUAUUUGAAGGAACUGCCUUCAAGUUUGCAUAAACUCACCAAAUUGCGUUGUCUGGAAUUUGAAGAUACACAAGUGACAAAGAUGCCAAUGCAUUUUGGAGAGUUGAAGAAUCUUCAAGUACUAAGUACGUUUUAUGUUAUUAGAAAUAAUGAGGUCGUCAGUAUUAAGCAACUAGGAAGACUCAAUCUUCAUGGAAGGCUAUCAAUUAGUGAGCUGCAAAAUAUUGAGAAUCCAUUGGAUGCAUUAGAAGUAAAUUUGAAAAAUAAACACCUUGUGGAGCUAAAGUUAAUAUGGAAUUCGAAUCACAUUCCCGAUGAUCCAAGGAAAGAGGAGAAAGUGCUUGAGAAUCUACAACCUUCUGAUCAGUUGGCGCAUCUUUUAAUCAGGAGCUAUUGUGGUACACAAUUCCCAAGUUGGGUAUUCGAUAAUUCGUUAUCAAAUUUAGUAUCCUUAGAGUUAAUAGAUUGUAAAUAUUGCCUAUGUUUGCCUCCCCUUGGACUAUUGUCAUCUCUGAAGACCCUCAAGAUUAGAGGAUUUGAUGGAAUAGUGAGCAUUGGUGCUGAAUUUUAUGGGAGCAACUCUUCUUCAUUCAAGUCCUUGGAAAGCUUAGAAUUCUCUAAGAUGAAGGAAUGGGAAGAAUGGGAAUGUAAAACUACUUCUUUUCCACGUCUUCGAUAUCUUGGAAUUUGGCAAUGUCCCAUGCUGAAAAGUCUGUCAGAGCAACUUCUUCAUUUAAAGGAACUAUCUAUUGAGUCAUGUGAUAACCUCAUCAUUAGUGAACACAGAGAAGACACAUCAGCGCUUGAACGGUUGACAAUUCAUUCAAGCCCACUUGUCAAUAUUCCCAUGACCCAUUAUGAUUUCAUUGAAGAUAUGACAAUUGGUAAUGCCUGCGACUCUCUUAUAAUCUUUCAGCUAAAGUUCUUUCCAAUGCUCCGUUCACUUCGUCUGGAAAGAUGCCAAAACAUACAAAGAAUUUCACAAGAGCACGCUCAUAAUCAUCUGGAAAUAUUGUCAAUAUGUGCAUGUCCUCAAUUUGAAUCAUUUCCCGAUGAAGGAUUAUCUGUAGCAUUUCCAUUUCUUAUUGAACUGAGUAUAAAAAAUUGUCCAAAAGUGGAGAAGUUCCCAUAUGAAGGUUUGCCAUCAAAGGUAAAAUUCAUGUCUCUUUCAAGUAUAAAACUUAUCGCCUCCCUGGGAGAGACCUUGAAUGUUAACACAUGUCUUCAAAGCUUAUCUAUUAACUCUCUUGAUGUGGAGUCUUUUCCCGAUGAAGUUUUGCUACCACCUUCAAUUACUUCUUUAAAAAUCACUAAUUGCCCAAAUCUCAAACAGUUAGACUACAAGCUUCUCUAUCACCUCUCCUCUCUCUCACUUUGGAAUUGCCCUAACCUCCAAUGCUUACCUGAGGAGGGUCUGCCCAAAUCCAUCUCUUCUCUUCUUAUUUGGGACUGUCCAUUGCUCAAACAGCGUUGUCAGAAUCCAGAAGGCAAAGAUUGGAGAAAGAUUGCACACCUUGAAUAUCUAAGAAUUGGGUAAUAAGAUGAAGUAGAUGUUCAAAAUUAGAUGUUCAUCAAUUCCCGUUCUUCCUCUUCCUAUUUCAAAAUUAGAUGUGCUAAUUCUUCUCACAUUCUAUUUGCAUGGCUUCGACAAACUCUUCCUUGUUUUGAUGUUUUUUCUGUUA